AUGAUUUCUAAGCCACCGCCGCAGUCGGGUAGCGCUCUCGAAGGCUCGGGAAUGGAAAAUGCCAACGAACAGAGAGAUGAUGAGUUUCUUGCGUUGGAGCGACGGGCCCGAGAAGCACUGGAGGAAUUAGCUGCCAACAGUGAGCGGGAGGAGGUUUCCACGGCGGAGUACACAACUGCGUUGCGUGAAUACCGUCAGGCGUGUCAGGUGCGUGCACGAUAUGUGGAGGCGGAUCUUGUUCAGCAGGUCCUGCGCCAUCUGCGGCUUGAUGAGGAAACAAGACAUGUGCGGGGACUGACGGAGCAGCAGAUGCAGGAGCGUCAGGCUCUAGAAGAUGCACACCGUGAGGAAUUUCAGGAGUUUCAUCGAGUUUGGAAUGCGAGGAUUGACGAAUUUGAGGAGCGGCAGAUGGAGAUGGAGACGGCGCUUCUGGAGCGCCAGAAUGCGGAAUUACAGAUCUUUUAUCAGGAAGUAAAUGCAUUAACCCCACGUACGGCGAAGUGUAGUCGGGGACUUUUGGACGCGAGGGCAGUCGAGCAAAUUCUCGCGUCACAGCGGGAAUACGCCCGCGCUCACCGUACUAAAAUGAAAGCCGAUCGGUUGGAGGCGAGGGAUGCUGAGCGAUUCAUGCAGGCGAAGAUAGAAUUGUUUGAAAGACGAGAGGAAGUACUGCGACAGAAACACCAACAGGAACGCGAUGUGUUAAAUAAAAAAAUAGAACGGCGACGAAUGGAGUUGGAGCGGUUGCGGAAAAGAGAACUGGAUGUGCUUUUCCAACGGUACAUGAAUGUUCGACGUGAACUGGAGCUUCAACAGAACAUUAUACGGAGCAAAACUGGAACCAUUCUUUUGAAGCACGCGAGCAACACAAAGAGUGACGCCAGUGGGAGUGCGGCGUUGGUGGAAAGUGCCGGGUCAGGUGCGUUUGGUCUAACGGUGAAGCGCCGUCACUUUGACGAGGCGAUGAGCCAUCGUACUUCUCCAGCGUCGCAUCAAGCCCCCGAGUAA